AUGAAAUUGCUUCCUAUUAAAUCCAGUGGAAAGUAUUGUUUAAAAUCUUUGGACUGCAUCGUGGGAUACUCGUUUUUGGGCAAAAGAUGUUACACUAACCCAGCCGGAAUGCCAGGUUCAGGUGUCGGCAAGGGUGGAGGAGGUGGUGGGUCCAUCAGAGAAGCUGGAGGUGGACUAGGUCGAUUCGGUAGUGCCCAAGAAGAAGCUUACUUCCAAAUAAAGCAGAGAGAAGAACUGAACAAGAUUAAGAAGCAGUUGAAGGAGAACCCUGAGUUACCGCUGAAGAAGAAAGAUAAAUGA